GUCGAGCUCUGAGAGAAGGAUGUUGGCUGGCUGUAGGGUGGCUCUGCCCAGGGGGCUAAGGUGCUGCCAGAGAGUAUUAUCGUGGGUGCCUGUUGUUAUAAUAUCACUGGUGGUGCUGUGGUCUUACUAUGCUUACGUCUGGGAGCUUUGUUUAGUGACUGUAACAAACCCAGCGGAAAAAGCUGCAUACCUCUUGAUCUUUCAUACGGUUUUUCUGCUCUUUAUUUGGACCUACUGGAAAGCAAUUUUUACACCCCCAAAGCAACCAACUAAAAAGUUUUUGCUGCCGUACGCCGAAAAGGAGCGGUACGAUAAUGAAGAACGACCCGAAGCUCAGAAGCAAAUUGUGGCAGAGUUUGCAAGAAAAUUACCAGUUUAUACUCGGACUGGAAGUGGAGCAACUCGAUUUUGUGACACGUGCCAGAUGGUGAAGCCUGAUCGCUGCCACCAUUGCUCAGUCUGUGGGAUGUGUGUUCUAAAGAUGGAUCAUCACUGUCCCUGGGUGAAUAACUGCAUAGGAUAUUCAAACUACAAGUUCUUCCUUCUGUUCCUUGCCUAUGCAAUGUUGUACUGCUUGUAUAUUGGCUGCACAGUUUUCCAAUACUUCAUUUUGUACUGGACGGAUACAUUGUCAAAUGGCCGAGCAAAAUUCCAUGUGCUUUUCCUCUUGUUCGUGGCUUUGAUGUUCUUCAUCAGCCUGAUGUUUCUCUUUGGAUACCAUUGCUGGCUUGUUAGCCUAAACAGAACCACACUGGAGGCAUUUUCCACUCCGGUCUUUCAGAGUGGCCCGGAUAAAAAUGGCUUCCACCUGGGUAUUCGCCGGAACUUAGAGCAGGUGUUUGGAAAGGAAAGGAAACUGUGGCUUAUUCCUGUAUUCACAAGCCUUGGGGAUGGUUUUACCUAUCCAAUGAGAAUGGCCUGCGAGUCCCGAAACCCACUUUUAGCUGCAGAGAAUCAGUGGGAAGAUGAUUUGACGGAUGAAGAGAGCCAAGCAUAUUGUGAAACUUCACACAUAACGGUACACAUCGAGAAAUAGUAUUUGGGAUACUUAAAAUAAAGGGGCAAAAACAUCACAAAGCUUCUUUCUCAGAAUGCCCCACUAAAGAGACUGAAUCCAGUAUCCCUAUACCAGACUGAAGUGAUGUAGGAACACAAUGUACUUCUCAGGGGCGGCCUAGUCUGAGCCGUUGUAUUAAGGCUGCUAUUCUUAUGGAAUUAAGGGGGUAGAGGAUGUAUUUAAUGAGAAGGGAAAGUGGGCCAGUCAUAUUUUUAAACUACUUAUUUUGUGGGUUUUCAAAAACACUGAUCAGUAACUGAUCAGUGAGCUUGGGGUAUUUGUAUAAAUGCAGUUUACAGAUACAAUAAUACUGGAAGGGAAUGGCUUUUUUUUCCUUAAUUCAUCUUUUCAUUAUUUCAAAUAUAUGUGCACCUCUUUGCUGUGCCCGUGUGUUUGGAACAGAAAAGGGGUUCUGUAGGGGUUGUUUUUUUAUAUUGUUCUUUUUCUAUUUAAACCUAAAUUCAUUAUUAUGUAAUCUAGGGUAGGGAUGAAACUCCUCCCAACAUCCUUCAGCUAAUUCAGCUUGUAUAGGAUAAUGGGAAUGAAAGAUUUAUACAGGUAUGGGACCCCUCCGGAAACCCGUUAUCUAGAAAGCUACGAAUUAUGUAAAGGCUGCCUCCCAUAGACUCCAUUUUAUCCAAAUAAAAAAAAAA